CGCCCGCUCGCCUCCAUCCAUCCAUCCAUCAGCCAUCAGGCCAAGAUUCACGCGUGGCGCCGAGCCGGGGGAGCUCCCUCUCCGUGCCUUUGCCUUUUUGAAAACCUCACCCCCUUCCCUUGCGUCCCCCUCGCGUCUUUCGCCUGCACCCACCUCUCGCCUCCUUCUCAUGGUCCUCAUGGCCGGCGCCUCCGACUCCGACCACCACCACCCCACGGCCAAGACCGCGCCAGCGCCCCCGGCUCCGGCGUCCCCGUCUCCAUCGCCGUCUCCCGCCGCGCGCACCCGCCUCCACGGCUUCUCCUUCCCGACGCUCAGCUGGGGCACGCACCGCCUCCUCCGCUGCUCCAAGGACGGUGCCUCCGCGUCGGCGUCCGCCUCCCCGCCGCUGCACCCGCAGACGCCAUCGCCGGAGAAGGAGAAGCCCCAGGGCCGGCAGGGCUCCCCCGGCGCGGCCACGGGCGCGCCGCAGCCGCCGCGGCCGUGGAACCUCCGCACCCGCCGCUCCGCCACCGUCGCGCCGCUCGCGUCGAGAUCGGACGGCGCGGGGAAGGCGGCGGCGGAGCAGCCGCUCGCGUCGCCGCCGGCCGUCGCGAGGAAGAGGGGCUUCUCCGCCGCGCUGACCAAGGAGGAGAUCGCCGAGGACUUCGCCGCCAUCCGCGGCACGCGCGCGCCGCGCCGGCCCAAGAAGCGCCCGCGCGCCGUGCAGCGCCAGCUCGACAUGCUGUACCCGGGAUUAUCUCUCGCCGACGUGAAUCUGGACUCGUACAAGGUCGAGGAGAGGUGAUUGGAGCCGUGGUGGAGCUGCAAAAUAGGAGGAUCUUUUCAGAUGUUUCCAGCUUUCGCUUUCUUCAUGCGAUGGCUAACAUCUGCAUCCCAUAAUUAUUCUAGUUCUUGUUGAUUAGAAGAUGGAAUGAUAGAUUUCCAGUGCUGAUUCUGUACAUGGGAGUCCUGUUUCAUGAUCAAUCUUGGGCCUGCUGGGCGAUGCUUGUGCUUUGUGAUGUUGAGCUCGGGGGUAUGGUUCUGGUAGAAUUGGGUUAUCCUUAGGUGAUGGGAACUUGUCAUGCUAUGUACAUGGUUCUAAUCUAUGAAAUCCUUUUUUUUUCACUCGUUCAAAUUUCUUGAGAUAGGCUGUUGAUUAAAUGACAUUUAAAUUUUCUGUGGAAUUUUUCUGGAUGAUUGCUUUCUGAAUUUUGUGAUGAAAGACGUGUCAAUUGCUUGCAGGCAACAGAAGAGACAUCUUUGUUUUAUUCUCAGAGUAUGUGUAUUAGUAUAUAAAAUUCAGCAUUGCUCCUGAAAGAUAUGGUACAGUACUUAGUGGUACAUAUGUAGAAUGAUAUGUCAAAAUUCUACUUAAUCUACCAAAGUUCAAAGAUAUGCAUCUUGUAUUUACUUGUGUAAUGUGCACAAAUGUCUUGUUUUCAGUCGUCCAUCUAUGUUGUGUGUCUUGUAUCACCUAUGCUUCACUUGUUUUGCUGCAAACUUUGACAUAUAAUAAAGUUGUUGAGUUUCAUUCUUGCUCAUAAUGCCAAUAAUUUAACCAUUUGCUGAGUUGCUCUGUAUAUUCAUUUUCUUUUGAUCUAUUUUGCUUUAUGGUGAAGAUACCAUGUUCAGUAGCCAUUUAUGAAGCUGUUAUGGCUUUUAAACAGAUGACUGGGAAGUCCCAGCAAUGCAUAAGAAAUCAGUCUUUAUUUGCCAAAUGCUUUUAAUUCAUAAUUGAAUUUUUGCCCACCCUUUUACUUGAGCACAUUUCAAGUACAUUUUAGCAAAGACAAAAAAGGCCGUUUAAUUUUAGUAUUAUUCCUUGAGCUAUUCACGAUCUUGUUGUUCAGUUUUUUGAAUAAUUGGCCGGCCUGAUGACACUGUCCUUGGUCAGGCUUUUUGUUGGUCCCGGGACUAUGGAUAUGCCUAGCAAUUCAAACUUGAUCUUCGGGUAACAUCAUCUGUGCAUUUUGCUCGUUGCAUUGUUAAAUCAGUAAUUUUACUUCACAUAAUUGAUCUAGUUGACAGUGCUUCAUGUUGCUGAAAGUUUGGUUGUGUGGUUUACUGAUGUAGUGCUGGCAGGUGAAACUGCACCCAUGUGGCCAUGUCCUCUCCCUGGAGCAGUGCCAAUUUGCAGAAUUCAGGUUCAAAAAUUCAAAUUGUCUUUCCACUGCAUUUUCUGUGCAUAUCAAGAUACAGAAGUUCAUGAUUGAGUUUGAAAGUUGUUUUUCAGGUCAAAGUUAUCAUAUUCUUUUUGUUAAUCUUCUUCAGUGGCCCAUGCAUAUUGACAAUGCUUUGUUUAAUCAUUGCAGCCCACCAACAUGACUUGUCCAGAUUUGUGUUGUCUGACUCACUGCACCUGAUAACUAUCUGCAUAUAUAUCCACUCGACAUGUUUAAAGUAUCUAUGUACUCUGAUUCAUUCGUAGCUUCACAACCCCGGGAAAGUGACGUUGUCAAGGAACUUUUCGUCUUCCUGUCAUGCCUGAAGCAAGCAAGAACACUGCGGGGGCGUCGCAAUUGCACCGGAGUGGUUUGUUCAGACGUAAGCUAUGUUGAUGAUAGAUAGUAAUGUGAUAAUAGUACAAGGCUGUAGUCAGCCAUUGGAGUUUCAGUCGAAAAGCUACAGGUGGGGUUAUCUUUGUUUAAGACUGUCGUCUCCCUCAGUCCUACAUGGAAUGCCAUACUGUACCCUUACGUGUGCUUGAGAACAAGAUCCCCACAUCGUUGGGUGGAUUACUAAUUUAUCUUUAUCAUA